GUGGCCGGUGUAAGAAGGAGCGCCGUGAGAAGAAGGCCGAUGAACAGAUCGCGAACGGGCAGGCAGCAAGUUGGUAAUAUACUAUAGCUGCUGUGGACCUCGAAGACUAUGAUGAAGAAGUUGCCAAAGCCCUGUCCCUGUCCAAUGCCCAAGCUACUUCACCGGGCGAGUCCUCCAUGGUCAUAGGUAAUUUGAGAAAACGCCCCCGCCCAGAUCCCCUUUUUGAGACUCGGCCCAGCGAUCUGGUAGAAGGGCAAGAGCAGGUAGCCUGGGAGAUAAUUCAAAGAUUGCAGAAGAAGGUCAAGGAGCUGCAAAGUCAGGUCAGACAAAUACGACAAGCCACGCCUCCGAGCAACACGUUCGUUUCAAUCAAACAACACAAGCGGCCUGCAGGAAAAAGCUGUUUAACGGAGGAACGCAAAGCACUGCUUCGUUGUUACGAGAUUUGUAGAGGAGAGAAGGAACAUGCGAAACUGGUAACAACAUCGGAUCCCUUAUUGCGAACGACUUUUUACGUAGGAUAUUCCAUCAAUACCGUCAAUAACACUGUGCUAAGAAGGGAUAAUAGAGACACCUGAGACAAGCCUUUCUGCAAAAAGUCAAGAGGAUACUCGGUGGUUGAGGCAUAUAUGGUGAGAGGUUCUAGUAAACGGGGUGUGGGCUGUGCUCGGAGCUGCAUCGAGGCUGUACGUAACCGUUUGCAAUCCCCGCUAUAACCAUACUUCAUCGUUUG